GCUGGUUUUACGGCUAAGUUAUGGCGCGUACUAAGCAAACUGCUCGUAAAUCCACCGGCGGGAAGGCGCCACGCAAGCAGCUGGCCACCAAGGCGGCCCGCAAGAGCGCGCCGGCCACCGGCGGCGUGAAGAAGCCCCACCGCUACCGGCCCGGCACGGUGGCGCUGCGCGAGAUCCGCCGCUACCAGAAGUCCACCGAGCUGCUGAUCCGCAAGCUGCCCUUCCAGCGCCUGGUGCGCGAGAUCGCCCAGGACUUCAAGACCGACUUGCGCUUCCAGAGCUCGGCCGUGAUGGCGCUGCAGGAGGCGUGCGAGGCCUACCUGGUGGGGCUCUUCGAGGACACCAACCUGUGCCGCUUGCUCGUGAUCAUGUCCGGUCGAGGUAAAGGUGGAAAGGGACUGGGCAAAGGAGGUGCUAAGCGUCACCGCAAGGUGUUGCGCGACAAUAUCCAGGGCAUUACCAAGCCUGCUAUCCGGCGCUUAGCUCGGCGUGGUGGUGUCAAACGUAUUUCUGGGUUGAUUUACGAGGAAACUCGCGGGGUGCUGAAGGUGUUCCUGGAGAACGUGAUCCGGGACGCCGUCACUUACACCGAGCACGCCAAGCGCAAGACGGUCACCGCCAUGGACGUGGUCUACGCGCUCAAGCGCCAGGGCCGCACCCUCUACGGCUUCGGCGGCUAAAGCCUCAGCGCAGUUACAUCAGGUCGGUAGCUUCAGCUCGCUCAUAAAAGGUCCUUUUCAGGGCUACCCACUUGGUCACACGAAGGGCUGUUAACUAGAGUGCAAAGGUUAACAUUAAAGCUUUUUGUUAGUGUUUUGUUGCAAUUCUAACUUAAGAUUUGGGUGUUCUUUUAAAUCUGGUAGUUUGUUUCUUAAGGUAUUAUGUAGUUAGCAGUCAUCUUCUAAAAAUGGCGUCUAUGAAAUGUACCCUAAGAAAGCAAGGAGAAUGAAGGUGUUAUGCGGUUGGAAACUGCUGGGUGGGUUAGCCAGCUGGAGCAUACUGCGUUUGGAGAACGCAGCAAUUUCCCAAUUUAGAUGUUAAUAAUUAACAUCAUUCUACUCCAGGAGCAUUUGGAAUUAAUUUUCCCAAAAUGUUCUGCCCCAGUACCUAGUGUCCUAUACAGCCCAGGUGGAGCUUUUAACUCGUCUCUCCUACAGGAAAUAUGGAUAGCUAUGGAUAUAUGGAGCCAUGGCUAGUAAACUUAGUCAAAUAUGAGGACUUAUUGGGACUCUAAUGUGACUUUAAAAGCUCAUGGAUUGUCUUACUGCUUUAUUUCUAAAAUUUUGGGAAUUCAACUUAAAUGUUUCUUCUUGUCUUCGGUCAACCUAUGGCUUUCCACUGUGACUGUCUGCGUUCUUACCUCUCCAUUUUUCCACCAGGCAGAAGAGGUGGCUUUCAGGCCAUCCUAUACUCACUCUGCCACCUGUGUUCUGAAUUGUCUUUUGGAUUUAUCUUAAACCUAGAGUGAAGACACCCCCGUUUACUGGGUGACAAGCAGUGAGAUGGAGGACGCUACAGCCAGAUAUUAAAGAACAUUGAGCCUCAGACCGUCCCCAACCACGAUUUGUCGACUUUACGAUGGUGCAAAAGCAAUAAGCAUUCAAUAGAAACCGUACUUCAAAUUUUGAUCUUUUCCCAGGCUAGCAAUAUGCCCUUAUGAUACUGUCUCGUGAUGCUGGGCAGUGGCUUGGAACUGCAGCUCCCAGUCAGCCACGAGAUCAUGAGAGUAAACAACUGAUACACUUAGAAUCAUUCUGUACCCAUUCUGUUCUUCACUUUCAGUGCAGUAUUCAAUAAAUGAGAUAUUCAACACUUUAUUAUAAAACAGA